AUGUCGGGUCGAAGACGGAACGUGAAUAUAGGAGCGAAUUCGAUAGUGUACUCCGGGAGAGGUCGUCCUCGCACCAAGGAGAUCGUGGAUCGGCCAUUGCCUGUGGGGAUUGUGCUGGGGUCUCCCAGUCCAGGGGGUGACAUCUUUAAGAAUCGCAAGAUUCGUGUGGGUGGCCAUUACCAGGCCAAAGUUCCCAAGGCGCCAUUGUCGUCGGCAAAAGAUGGACAAGAACAACAACAACGGGUCUAUCAGAGAGCUGUCACUAGGAAACCACCCAGUCUGGUCUCGCAAGAAUAUCCUCAUUUGACGGGAAAGCAGGUGGAGGAAUACCAAGCAAAGCAACAACAACAAGAAGAAAAUGCACAAGAUGCUCAGGGAAACAAUCUGCAAGGACCACCCAGCGACAUGGAAGUCGAUACAGCGGCCACCUUGACAGCAGAUGCCAUGCCCACAACAACAACCACUACUACUACUACGGUUACUUCACCCCACUCGAGCAGCUCCAUAGCCUCCAACAACACCAGCAGUGGGUCGACGGACAGACAAAGCAACCACAACAUCCACAAUAAUGAUCAAGAGACCAACUCAUCCAUGGACGCUCAAAGCAACAACAGCAAUACAAACCACCACAACAACAAGGAAGACCAAGACACCGAAGAAAAUCUCAAGACGCAACGAGGUGGCUUGCUCGUUCGUCCAUCGGCAACAAGCGCAGCAUUCGCAUCAUCAGCAGAGUCGACAACAACAACAACAACAUUCACUGAUGAUGGAGAAGCAUUCUGGGACUACAUUCAACCCUUGCUAGUACCACCAAAGGAGACUUUUGUUGUCACGGCUAACAACAACGCUAACGACACUUGGCAAAGUAAAAUCUUACAGUGGCACCUAGACAAACAACAACGCGCUCAAGAAGCCAUCGAAGAAAUGCAAAGAAAGCAACAACAAGAAGCAGAGCAACAAGCAAUGCAACCCAGGAGAAGGGGAAGAAGGAAACGAAAAAAGGAAGACGCUUCUUCAUCCACAGUAAAGCCAGAAACAUGUCAGGAUGCCUUGGAUUGUAUUAUGGAAGAAGGGAAGGCACACGCCAUGCAGCACUUUUGGUUGCGGCACAAGGGACAGUUGGGUAUUGCUAAAGUGGAAACCAGAGUGCAGCUAUCGGCGGGAAAAGCCGAAAUGACACGAAAAGUCAAUGAUCACAAGCGGAGAAGAGACACACCCAACCAUGGUGGUCUCUACUGGCGCCAAUUCUGCGAACAAUCUGCUGUGGCUGCCAUGACUGGGGAUUAUCGAACUUCUACUAAUGACACACAGAAAAAGGGCAAGAAAGCCAUGCACCAAACUCUCCCAGCGGAUCAAGGUGAACUGGAAUUCCACAGGGAAACUUGGAAAGCCAUCUUGCUUCUAGGUCAGGCCAUCGUCGAACAGUUAACAAAGGCCAGCAGCAGCAGCAGGGUACCUCCCACAAAGCUCUCCUUGCUCCUUUCCUUUCUCAACAAUGCUUACCAAGUACGGCCAAUGCCAGAGGACGUCUUUCGUGCCGCAUCUGUCACACCCGAUAUUAACCGAAGCUUCGAUUUCAUUGCGGAAUAUGCCGACAAGGCACGGAAAGUGCAAGCCAAACUGAUGGAUACUCUUUACGAGACCAACGAUGGCGGGGUCGAAUGGGACAUUGUCCAAAAGCUGUUGGAUCAGCAAGGCAUCCGGGCUCUCCCUGUUGAAUUAGAUGACGCUACGGAGCUACAUCAACAACUUGCGUUGGUCGCGGAUUGGCAGAGUCGAUUGGAUGCAUUGGUUGAGGAGGACGAGCUGUGUCUUUCCAGCCUGGAAGACCUGGCUCAGGAAGGGAGGUCCUUCAUUUUCCGUAGCAGGAGCCUUGUGUGCUUGGAGAACCGAAUACAGAAAGCCUACCAAUUGCGGGACAGAGUUUUGCAAUGGAGACAGUCUUGUGAGCAGUGCGAGGAAGACUUGGACGACAAAAAGGAGAAUUUUAAGUAUUUGUGUGGCAUGGUCCGAGAUGCCAAUCGGCUCAAACUUAAGUUUCCUGUGGUGACAGAUCUUUUGGAAACCCACAGAACAGUGGAGGCUUGGAUCGAUCGCGCCAACAUUGCCAUCAGGUCGAGGAUCUCGCUGAAGGAGAUCAAAGCCCUUGUACAAAAGGGCGAAGAACUCCCUGUCAACCUGUCUGACCUCAUGGAAAAGCUUCGUUCCCGUGUUGGCUUGGCAGACGACUGGAUCAGUCGCUUCAAAGAUGUCGUGUCUUGUUCGGACAGUAUGCCUGAUGAAAUCUGCUUGGAUUCUGGAGAGGCGCUGUUGCGUUGGAUGGGGAGCAUGCGAGAUGCUCUUCGGGACGGGAAGCAUAUUGAACUCCACGACUUGGCGUCGGAGGGAAGCCGUAUACCGGUGGAAAUUGACCUUGUGAAGUUGCUGCAAAUCGAGCUGGAUGGCAAAACAUGGACAAUGAAAGCCAAAAAAUGGGUGCCGUGCUUGGCAAAGGACGAGGACAUUGCUUGCAAAAAGGCCAAGCUGGAAGACUUGAGAGAGCAUCUCGAAAAAGGAGCACUUCUCCGGGAAAGAAUCGACUUACCAGCAUCGGAGAAGAUUGAGUGGGUGCUGGAAGGGGAAAUGGAGAUUCGUGCCAUUGUGCAAGCUGCCGAUGACUGGUUUGUGAAGUACAAGCCGUAUCUCGACUGGGAUAAUCGCCGAUCAGAAGUUCGGAGUUGCCUUUCUAUGACGACACUGCGAACUAUUUGUGACGAAGCGAAUGCAAUUCAUGCAAACAUUGGUAAUGCCGCAGGGAAGAUGGCAAGAAUACUGGCACAGGCCGAGGACUGGCAAAAGAAACAUGAGACCCUUCUGCUGACAUGCAAGAUUAUUCCGAGUGACCAAGCUUCCUUCGUGCCUCAGGAUAAGUCUCGUGUUACCCUAGCUAUGAUGACUGCGGCUUCCGAGGCGGCAGCAUCGGAAGUAUCUUUGGACCUCGACGAAGCCAAGGAGCUCAUGAAACUUGUCGAAAAGGUCAAGGAUUGGACUACUCGCGCCACGAAUGCUGCGCCAAAACGAAGCAAGCGACAGAGCCGUGGACGAAAACCGAAGCUUACAGUUGAUGACAUCAUUGGGCUCAUCAAGGAAGCCGAACGACUCCCUGUAGACACAUCGGAAGAGGUGAACCGACUCCAAAUCCAGCUCAGUACCGUUCAGGAAUGGAGGGCUAAAGCAAGAGAGGAGCUGGAGAACAUCUACAAUGGAUUUCAGAAACUUCGCCAUGUGGCCGACGAAACGUACGGACCUCCACAGGAAUACACCCGUAAGAAGCAAAGGCCAGAGUCAACGGAAGGCGACGCAGAUGACACCAAAAGCGAGUCCGACUCGGACGAAAAGAAGUCUGCUGAUGAUCUGGUGCAGGCGGAGAUGUCGUCAACUGCUGGUUCAGAGGACCAAGAGGGCAUUCCGAGCAUGGGCAAUGGAAACUGCAAUAUAAACCAACUGAUCAAGUUCUAUCGCAGGGAAGCGAUGACGCAUGGUGUGAUUUCUGGUGAAGUAGAAGCUGCGGAUCUGCUCGAAAAGGUUUCGAAUUGGUGUGUGAGGUCCGUGAAGUAUCUCGUAACUCAAAGGGAUGUGUUUGACAAGAGAUUCUUCGGAGCCUUCGAUAGAUUUGUCGCGCAGGGACGAGGCCUUCUAGCACCUACAAACAGAUCCGGAGAGGGUGAGCAGAUCAGACUAGAGGAUCAGGAAUUGGCCGAGAAGCUCAAUGCGGCGUGGAGUGCAGUCGUUUCGGAUCAGCUUCAGCGCCUUGAAGUUUUGCUGGCGGAUCGAGAACAGUUCAUCUCAUGGUGCAAUGCCGCGGAAGCGAUGCUGGGCUCGAAGGGUGAAAAGAAGCCUCCUCUUGACAAGUUGAAAGAGCUCACCGAUCAGAGUAGGGCCUUCCCGUCAGUUUGUGACAUGGUGCAAAGAGUUCGAGGUAUUUUCUACAAGGCCAUGGAAUGGCAAAAAUCAACGGCGCGAAUUCUGAAAGAAGGGCCCAAAAUGAGUCGAAAUGAGGCCAAGAGCAUUCUUGAUGAAGGCGAAAAGCUUGGCUUUGUCUGCGAAGAAAUGAAAGUGAUAAAAAAUGCCUUGCGUCUGGCCCGAAACUGGUCCAACAAAGUCAAGCGAUGCGAUUUGGAUCAAGGCUCGACGAAUGCUACUGCUGUGCAAGCACUUAUCGAGGAGCACGAAUCGCUUCUCUUGGAAAUGCCAGAAGAGCUCGCUACUUUGCAGCAAGCGAUGAAACUCUACUGCAUCUGUCGCCGACCUUACUCUGGUUUCAUGAUUGGCUGUGAUGAAUGCGAAGAGUGGUACCACGGCCUUUGUAUCGGAAUCACUGAAUCCAAAGCUGACCGUGUCGAUAAGUUUGUCUGCGUCCGAUGCUGUGUCUCGAAAGUCUUUAAGAACACUGCAAAAGAAGGGGUUGCUGCUGUUAAAAAGUGGACCUGCCAGAAAGACAUGAAAAGGGCGAGACAGACAGAGUCACAGAGGCACCAACGCAAGAUCAGGAAGGAGACUAAAGAGAUUGAAAAGCAGAGAGCUCAAAUUCAGGCCAUAGAGGAAAGCCAGCAGCAACAGGAAAGCAUACAGACCGCGGCUAUUGCCAUGGAAGUCGAAAACAACGUUUGCGCCGGUGUGAGCAAUCCACUGGUACUGACAAAUGGCGUCUCCACCGAGGCUACGGCAGCACCGCAACCCACACCACCAGAGAGUGACAAAACACCAGAAAACUCUAGCGAACAAGCUGAAAAACCAAAGCCGCAGCCCAAGCUCACUCCAGAGGAAGCGCAAGCCAAAAUACAAAAAUGCCUGGACACGAUCAGAAAAUGCAACGACAGGCUCUCUUUGUUGAGUAAGCAAACCGAAGAGAAAAAAGAGAUCAUGGCACAGGAAGAUGCGAAAGCCUCGUUGUUACGCAAUUGGUUCCUUCGCGUCAGAUCCUUGGUCCUUUUUCCGCGUUCCGACGAGGGCGCCGAACAAAGCCGACCGCUGAAGGAUGGUUCAGCCUCUUUCAUCAUGCAGAGUCUCAUCAAAAAUGCACAAGACCUGGCCAUUGCCAAUUUGACCGACGUGGCAGCAACGAUUAAUGGAUUCCAUUGUUUGUCUUGGUGCAUUCUUGCCAGCACGACAUUGGCUAGGAAACCCAUGUAUCGAGACGUCGAACUCCUUGUCUCUCUUGCCAAGCCGCUUAAGUUCUCUGAAGAAAAAGCAAUUCGUGUGCUCAGAGGCAUCCUCACACGUGCCAAGGCAUGGCAGGCAAAGGUGAUGAAGGCCUUAGCUCCGAGUCCCGGGGAGAAGAAGAAGUACAACCUGGAAACUCUGAAGGAGCUUGAAUUGGCGGCUCAGGAUAUUCCGUGUCAUCUGAAAGAAGUGUCUUUGUUGAACGCCGUUAUUGAAGACAAAGGCGCCAGAUACUGCAUUUGUGGAGGACCCAGUGAUGCUCGGGUUAUGCUUGGUUGCGACAAGUGCGCGCGCUGGUUUCAUGGUAGUUGUGUCAACAUGACCAAGGAACAGAGCGACGAUAUGCAGAACUGGGUGUGUCCUCCUUGCUCGGGAUCGCCGUUGCAGGUCAACAUAGCGAAAUGCGGUAUUGUCUGGGACGAAGUGUCUGAUGCUUCCAGCAAGAAAGGAAAGAAGUCAUGCUGUCAUCUCAUUGCGUCGGUGGCCCCGGACUCUGCAAAGAUGUGGCCACCUUUUGGAUUGUUUGGGUCGUCAACAGCUUUGGAAAUGCUGGGACCAGAAAUAAGUGCAAUUCCAGACGCGGAGGAACUUGUACCUGCAGCUGUUGUGCCUGUGUCGGCCCCUACCGUGAACGUGCCUCUUGCGACGCCUGCUGCCAGUGUCGGGAGUGCUGUUGUCCAGCAAGCGGUGGCAAAUGAGGCGCAACUUGCUUCAAACGACCAAAGCACAACCGUUAACCAACAAGCUUUGGCUCCAGCACCUGCGUUGUCGUCGUCUCUGCCGCCCGCUCGGUCUGACAGCGCUGAAGCCAUAACCGCUGCACCGUCAGUCGCCACAACGGUAAAACCGUGUGAACUGCCAUCCUUCAAUUGGCUUGCGGCUUCCGGUGAUCUCGCUGCAUUUGCUGCUGCGCAAGCUUCUCUUGGAUCCUGGCCGAUGGCUUUGGGGCAGGCAGGUGCCAUCAGCAGCAAUUCAACUGCUGUGGGGCUUGAUUGUUUGAAUGCUAUGAUCGGGCAAAACGUCAAGCCUGCGGCAAGCGAAAGCUUACACAACGGGAACGACGCAAAGGAGGCAUCGGCAACAGCAGCAACAAUCACAACACAGGAGAUGUGCGCAUUGAAGCCUCAGUCCGCUGUACCUGCACUUUCAGCUGUGAAUGUCACGAAAGAGCAAGAAGUCAGUUUCAGGCAAGAGCCGGAGACGUUGCAGGCGGGUGCUGUCAAGGCCGCGGCGGAAUCAGUUCCCCCUUCGGGAAGUUGUCAUGCGGAGCAAGCUUAUGCAAUGCCACCGGCGGCUGAAACAACUGUUGCUUCAGAAGUUCAGCUCCCGCCUGCCCCAGCUCCAAUGCCUCCUGGGCUUAGUCUUAUGGUAGCAGCUCUGCCGUUGCAAGAAGGCGGAAGCUAA